AAACAGUCUAAUCAGAAAACUUGAUGACGGCGCCAUCCGCCACGUCACGUCACUGUCAAUUCGUCGAAUACUGACGUUGCUGUCGUAGGUGUCGGUAUUCCAAAUAUAUUUUUUUUCUCAUUAAAAAAGGCUCAAAAUGCCUCUACGUCUUGAUAUAAAACGCAAGCUUACAGCUAGAUCCGAUCGUGUGAAAUGUGUUGAUUUACACCCUACAGAACCAUGGAUGUUAUGCUCCCUUUAUAAUGGAAAUAUCAAUGUAUGGAACUAUGAAACACAACAGUUAGUUAAAACAUUCGAAGUUUGCGAUCUGCCCGUAAGGGCGGCUAAAUUUGUUCCUCGGAAAAAUUGGAUAAUCACAGGAUCUGAUGAUAUGCAGAUUCGUGUUUUGAAUUAUAACACAUUGGAUAGAGUGCAUUCAUUUGAGGCACAUUCUGAUUAUGUUAGAUGUAUUGUAGUACAUCCUACACAGCCCUAUAUUCUAACUAGUAGUGAUGACAUGCUUAUAAAACUGUGGAAUUGGGAAAAGGCUUGGAGUUGUCAGCAAGUAUUUGAAGGACAUUCUCAUUAUGUUAUGCAGAUUGCCAUUAACCCAAAAGAUAACAAUACUUUUGCCAGUGCAUCUCUAGAUAGGACAUUGAAAGUUUGGCAAUUAGGAGCAUCAACUGCGAAUUUCACAUUAGAAGGUCAUGAUAAAGGUGUAAAUUGUGUAGAUUAUUACCAUGGAGGUGACAAACCCUAUCUGAUUUCUGGAGCUGAUGAUAGACUGGUGAAAAUAUGGGAUUAUCAGAAUAAGACUUGUGUCCAAACCUUAGAAGGUCAUGCCCAGAAUGUAACUGCUGUAUGCUUUCAUCCAGAGUUACCUGUUGUGUUGACAGGAAGUGAGGAUGGUACAGUGAGAAUUUGGCAUGCUAAUACCCACAGGCUGGAGAGUAGUUUGAACUAUGGGUUUGAGAGAGUUUGGGCUAUUACCUGCUUGAAAGGUUCUAACAAUGUUGUUCUUGGUUAUGAUGAAGGUAGUGUUUUGGUCAAAAUUGGUCGCGAAGAACCAGCUGUCAGCAUGGAUGCAAGCGGUGGUAAAAUUAUUUGGGCUCGCCACUCAGAACUGCAACAGGCUAAUUUGAAAGCUCUACCAGAAGGAGCUGAAAUACGGGAUGGUGAACGAUUGCCAGUUGCUAUCAAAGAUAUGGGAGCCUGUGAAAUAUAUCCCCAAACCAUACAGCACAAUCCCAAUGGAAGAUUUGUGGUUGUUUGUGGUGAUGGUGAAUACAUCAUUUACACAGCAAUGGCUUUGAGGAAUAAGGCUUUUGGUAGCGCUCAAGAAUUUGUUUGGGCUCAAGAUUCAAGUGAAUACGCUAUUAGAGAGACAGGUUCUACAAUAAGAAUAUUUAAGAAUUUCAAGGAGAAAAAAAAUUUCAAACCGGACUUUGGAACAGAGGGCAUUUUUGGAGGAUGGCUGCUGGGAGUAAAAUCGGUGUCUGGGCUCACUUUCUACGAUUGGGAAACAUUGGAAUUGAUAAGGAGGAUAGAAAUUCAACCAAGGGCCAUAUAUUGGUCGGAUAAUGGAAAAUUGGUUUGUUUGGCUACUGAAGACAGCUACUAUAUUUUGUCAUAUGAUGUUGAGCAAGUUCACAAGGCGAGGGAAAACAAUCAGGUGGCAGAAGAUGGUAUUGAGGCUGCAUUUGAUGUGUUGGGGGAAGUUAACGAAUCCGUAAGGACUGGAUUGUGGGUUGGGGAUUGUUUCAUAUAUACCAAUGCUGUUAAUCGUAUCAACUACUUUGUUGGUGGAGAAUUGGUUACCAUUGCUCAUUUAGAUAGACCUCUUUACGUGUUGGGAUAUGUCCCCAGAGAUGAUCGUUUGUAUUUAGCUGAUAAAGAACUAGGUGUUGUGAGCUACCAAUUGUUACUUUCCGUUCUUGAAUAUCAAACAGCAGUAAUGAGAAGGGAUUUCCAGACAGCAGAUAGAGUACUUCCCUCAAUUCCCAAAGAACAUAGAACUCGUGUAGCUCAUUUCUUAGAAAAACAAGGAUUCAAACAGCAAGCAUUAUCAGUCAGUACGGAUCCAGAACAUAGAUUUGAUCUGGCUCUAGCCUUAGAAGACCUGAAUAUAGCCAAACAGUUGGCUCAAGAAGCUAAUAAUCCUCAAAAAUGGAGCCAGCUUGGAGAAUUGGCAGCAUCUACGAAUAAUCUACAGCUGGCCAAAGAAUGUAUGCAGAAGGCCCAAGAUUACGGGGGACUUUUACUUUUAGCAACGAGUUCGGGGGACUGUGAAUCUGUCCUGAACUUGGGAAAUGUGACGUUGGCAGAAGGAAAAAAUAAUUUGGCUUUUCUGUCAUUUUUCCUUCUGGGGGACCUGCAAAAGAGUUGGGAAAUUUUAGUGGCGACAGGUAGAUUACCAGAGGCAGCCUUUUUCGCAAGGUCCUAUCUCCCUAGUAAAAUAUCUGAAACUGUAGAUAUGUGGAAGGAAAAAUUGGCUCAGACUAAUGAGAAAGCAGCGCAAAGUCUAGCGAAUCCAAAAGAUUAUGAGAAUCUGUUUCCUGGCUUGAGUGAAGCCAUCGAAGCAGAAAAUUACUUCAGGAAGAACGAUAGGGGGCUCAUACCUGCCGUUCUUGCAACUGCAAUAACACCAAACUCUGACAGAAAUCUAAUUUCUGAAAUGAAAACGGCAAAAACUUCUAGCAGUUUUGUGAAAGCUGCGUCACAGCCUUUGGCUUCAGUAUCGAAUGUCCAGAUGAACCUCGAACAAGAGGAAGACGAUGAUUUAGACUUUGAUUUGGAUGGUGUAACUUUAGAUGAUAAUAUAGAUACUACCGAUGUUAAUAUAGAUGAUGAUUUGUUGGAUGAUGAUUAAUUAAGAAAUUUAGAAAUGUAUUAUUCUAGUGUAAGAUAUAAAUAUGUAUUUGUUAUUGUGAAUUAGUUUUGAUCUUCAUAAAAAAAAAACCCUCAAAUUAUUUUAUUAAUUUCUAAUAAAUAUAUAUCAAACUUU